GCAUCCGUUCACUCGUGUUUAUGGUCGCCAGCAGCCGAUCCCGGUAGUGGAAGGUGCAGAGGAGCUGGGGGGAGGGAGAGAGCCUGGGAGAGAGCGAGAAUGGCCGAGAGAAAGAGGACCUGGAACAAGGAAGACGACCUGCCCGUGUAUCUGGCCAGGCCGGGCACCACGGCUCAGACCCCCCGGCAGAAAUACGGGGGCAUGUUCGCCUCGGUGGAGGGAGCCUACGAGAACAAAACCAUCGACUUCGAUGCCUACAGCGUGGGGAAGAAGGGCUCCCGGACCCCGCGCAGCGGCAGCAGACACGACAUGAUGCUGGAUGGGGGGGACAAUUACAGUGAGACCGCCAGCGAUGUCAGCGAGGUCUCCGGCUCCGUGAUCAGCUCCCCCGGGGACCGGGACGACAAGACCCCGGGCAUCGAGAUCAAAUACCCGACGGGGAAAGAGCUGCUGCAGGGCCAGGACAAUGGGAAGAGUGAUCGACUGCUCAUUAAAGGUGGAAGAAUUAUCAAUGAUGACUACUCCUUCUAUGCAGACAUAUACCUGGAAGAUGGACUGAUAAAACAAAUAGGAGAGAAUUUGAUUGUUCCUGGUGGAGUAAAGACCAUUGAGGCUAAUGGACGUAUGGUUAUCCCCGGAGGAAUCGAUGUCAACACUUACCUACAAAAGCCCUACCAAGGAAUGACCGCUGUUGAUGACUUCUAUCAAGGCACAAAAGCAGCUCUAGCAGGCGGUACCACCAUGAUCAUUGAUCACGUGGUCCCUGAAGCUGGAGUGAGUUUAUUGACCUCAUUUGAAAAGUGGCAUGAGGCAGCUGACACCAAAUCCUGUUGUGAUUACUCUCUCCAUGUGGAUAUCACUAACUGGUAUGAUGGGAUCCGAGAAGAGCUGGAUAUCCUGGUGCAAGAUAAAGGUGUUAAUUCUUUCCAAGUCUACAUGGCCUAUAAAGAUCUCUACCAAAUGUCCGACAGUCAGCUUUAUGAAGCUUUUACCUUUCUGAAAGGGCUUGGAGCUGUAAUCAUGGUCCAUGCUGAAAAUGGAGAUUUGAUAGCUCAGGAACAAAAACGUAUCCUGGAGAUGGGAAUCACAGGACCUGAGGGACAUGCCCUAAGCAGACCUGAGGAGCUUGAAGCGGAAGCUGUUUUCCGUGCCAUCACCAUCGCCAGUCGAAUCAACUGUCCAGUGUAUAUCACCAAGGUGAUGAGUAAGAGCGCGGCUGAUAUCAUUGCACUGGCUAGGAAGAAAGGUCCUCUAGUUUUUGGCGAGCCAAUCACUGCCAGCCUGGGGACAGAUGGGACACAUUAUUGGAGCAAAAACUGGGCCAAGGCUGCAGCCUUUGUGACCUCACCACCUCUGAGUCCUGAUCCCACCACACCAGAUCACUUGAACUCACUCUUAGCAUGUGGGGACCUGCAGGUGACGGGAAGUGGGCACUGUCCCUACAGCACCGCCCAGAAAGCCAUCGGAAAGGAUAACUUCACUAUGAUUCCUGAAGGAGUUAAUGGAGUCGAGGAAAGAAUGACUGUUGUCUGGGACAAGUCUGUCGCCAUAGGCAAAAUGGAUGAGAACCAGUUUGUUGCUGUUACCAGCACCAAUGCUGCCAAAAUCUUUAAUCUGUAUCCAAGGAAGGGCCGGAUUGCUGUGGGCUCAGAUGCUGAUGUUGUUAUCUGGGAUCCUGAUAAAGUGAAGACUAUUACAGCCAAAAGCCAUAAAUCGGCUGUUGAAUAUAACAUCUUUGAAGGAAUGGAAUGCCAUGGUGCUCCCCUGGUGGUAAUAAGCCAAGGAAAGAUUGUGUUUGAAGAUGGAAAUCUGCAUGUAAAUAAGGGAAUGGGCCGCUUCAUUCCUCGCAAACCUUUCCCUGAAUACCUUUACCAGCGCAUCAAAAUCAGGAAUAAGGUAACAGGAUUGCAAGGGGUGUCCAGAGGAAUGUAUGAUGGGCCAGUGUAUGAAGUCCCAGCUACGCCAAAAUAUGCAACUCCUGCACCUUCAGCUAAGUCCUCCCCUGCCAAAAAUCAGCCUCCACCAAUCAGAAAUCUCCACCAAUCUAAUUUCAGCUUAUCAGGUGCUCAGGUAGAUGACAACAACCCUCGUCGCACUGGACACCGCAUUGUUGCGCCCCCUGGUGGUCGCUCUAAUAUUACCAGUCUUGGCUGAACAGAGAUGAUGGACAGAAUGGCAAGAAUGAAUCAUCAUGGGAAUAAUGUCUGUUCCUCUUGAUGUCCAUGUUAUUGAACCCACAGUUUUAUUCGGUACUAAUGAGGGGAAAAUGAGUUGUCUUUUUGUUUUUCUUUUCUUUUCUUUUUUUUUGUAUAGGAAGAGGUGAUAAUAGUGUGGUGUGUUUGCUUGGAACUACUUGCCUCACAAUUGUGCUUUCUUGCCAUAGUCACCUUAAAGCAUGGUGCUUCCAUUGCCCCUUUAGUGACUACAGGUUUUAGCUUUGUCUUGUAACUAAAUGAUGGUUCCUUUGCACCCAUUAGCUGUACUAGAGUAGUAAACGCAUGUUACUAAGUUAUUUAUGCAAGUUGCAGUCUGUGAGUGCGUCUGUUUAGAACACGUUGCCAACAAUUGACACAAUGCCAAGAUCAAUGCCACUAAAAUACAUAAGGAGGAAGAAUAUGGACAUUUUUAAAGUAUGCAGUAGAAUAGCGUAAGUGGCUUCUGUUAAUAUCUUUAAUUUAUUAUAAAUCCAUGAAGCACUGCUCCCAGAUACAAAGAAACAACUUCAAAAUGUGUAAUGACAACAUGGCCUGUGUAGCAAUUCUCAUUAUGCACUAAGUACAUUCCAAGUAUGUGUCUUAAUUGUUUUCAUUUUAGACAGAGCCAUAACUUCUACGGAGCAAUGCCAUUGCCAUCCCUUUCAGAGAUUUCUCCAGCUGGGCAGUAGUGUGCUCCUUUUGCAUGAGUGUUUUGGUACUUCAGAAUAACUUAAAUUACCGUUGGAUUUUUAAACUUUUUUGUACAAAGUUUUUCCUUUGUAAUCACAUGCAUUUUUACUUAUUAUACCCUAUCAGAUCUACUAGUUGUGGUUCUAUUUCUGAAUUCAAAGCUUGUGAA